AAUAUUGUUGUUUUAUUUCUGGCCAAGAAAAAGAGUUAUUCGCAAAGAAAGUCCAGAUAAAACUAAAAUCCAUUUGAAUACGUUAAUCAUUGCGGACAAGAAAAGCCCCUCGUCAAAAUAGGAGUAUCAGCCCGAAUGUCCUGACAUAAAGUUUCAGGAGUGACGCCCGUUGUUAUCUGCUCGCGUCACGGCCCUGUCUGGGGGUCAAAAUUCCAGAAAAAGCAAGUGAAAAGUGCAAUUAAAUGUCAGUGGCAAAUGUUCGGAUAUUACAGUCGGUUUCCUGGCUCCCCUUCAAAAGGAUCUAGGCUGGUAUGAUCUCUCCAGAGCAAGAGGAGGUCAAUCUGGUGCUGGACCGCCAGGUGCGCCAGAAUAUCCAGGACAUGAUGCAUGAAGCUCAUGUUCAGGCCAGCCUAUUAGAGAGCGAGGGACGCGAACGCUUCAAUUCGGAUUCCAGUGUAGAUCAAGAUUCGCUCCAUGCCGACGAUUCGAUGGCCGUGAUGGAGACCCUUUCGGGAGACGGGAUCGUUGAGGAGGAUCUGAGCGCCGAGCGAGCUCAUGGUGUGGACAGUAACGAAGUUCAGAACUACCAUGAUAUGAUGGUGGACAACGAUCACCACAUCGAUAUCAAUGGGUCGCUGCGCAAACGGCGUGGCAACCUGCCCAAGCACUCUGUAAAGAUCCUCAAACGCUGGCUCUACGAGCACCGCUACAACGCCUACCCGAGUGAUGCCGAAAAGUUUACGCUGUCGCAGGAGGCGAAUCUCACCGUGUUGCAGGUUUGCAACUGGUUCAUCAACGCCCGUCGCCGCAUACUGCCAGAGAUGAUCCGACGCGAAGGUAACGAUCCUCUACACUUCACCAUUUCGCGACGUGGCAAGAAGGUCAGCCCGAACUCAUCUGGCUCUGGGUCCAUGGGUAUGAAUGUUGGCGGUACCCCAAAUCCAAUUACUGGAAGUCCGGCUUCCGAAGUGAUUGUUGGAGCUACCGAGGAGGUUGAUGGCGCCGGAGAGAUCCAUGAGGGCAUCGCCAACGUUCUCACCAAUUUCGACCAAUAUGUUCAGGGCCCCAAUGGACAGAUUGUCAAGAUGGAGCCCGAAUACGAUGAUAGCGUCAUCUACAGUUGGCAGCAGGCCAUUGCAAACAAUCCGAUGGGUUUCCAAAGUCUUCACUCCUCGCUACAAGCAACCAUGAUUGAUAAGAUCCAAAACUAUCAAAUGCGCAAGGCUGCCGCCUUGGGUGCCACCGGAAACAGCUCGGGAUCCAGCACCAGUGGCGGCGGCAGCUCCAACUCAAGCUCCACUGGGUCCAUUCUACCGUAUAGCCUCUUUGGUCAGCUACCGCCAGAGUUUGAUGAUGAAAAGAAGCCUUCGCCGCCGAAGCGCGGUCGCAAGCGUCAGUCCGCCGGCAAGAGUGCUGGAGGGAAGAAUAAGGAGCCAAAGCUGGAGCCAGUGGUACAGCAGGAGAUCAAUCUGAGCGAUGCGGCCAUGUACUGCUAUCAGGACGAAUACGGAGGCUACGUGGUCGCCCCUAGAUCUGAGGGCGAGGAGAGUGGCCAAGGUUACGAGUCCUGUGAACACCAUAGCGAAGAGGAAGUGCGCUUCGAGACCUCCGACGACUGGCAAAGCGUUAUGAAGACCGUUUUCAGUACCGAAGAGGUCGCCACUACCGCUGGAGAGAAUGUAAGUACUGCGGCUAAAAAGAGAUCAGCUAAUAACACCUCAUUCUGGAAUGCCAAUCAGCAGGCUGCAGUGAAGCGAAGUGGCAAUCAACAGGUAUUGCUCUCCAAUAAUGAGCUGACCCAGGCUGUGGGUGCGGAGGCAACAGUUCUAACAGUCCCAAAUCAAAUGGAGGGCGGGGAAAAUUUGCAGCCGGACGAUGUGUUCCACAUUACCGAUGCAGAUAAUGGACAGACACAGCCAUCACCGCAGCCACAAAAUAUUAGUCGAGAUGAACGCGACAAGUACAAAUGUCUGUACUACCUGGUGGAGACGGCUAUGGCUGUGCGUCAGAACGAUGUUGUCCAGGAGGAUGAGUUCGUUUAUAUGGGCAACUAACUAGGCUCUGCCCAAUUAGUCCCACACACCACUAGACUACAACGAUUCGAUUUAUGGGGAGACCUCAAUGUAUAUAUAUUUAAGUAUUUUGAAGUUACUGCAGACUCUGCAUGUCUUAGAUCAAAAAAUUGUGCUUAGGCCUACAGUUAUGCUGCUUGGCCGUCAACAAAACUGUUAAUCGAGUAGGUUACUAAAGAAAAUGUACAAAAAAUUAGAUCAAUUUCAAAACCCAAUCACCCAGUCAGGUACGCAUAUCUACCAUGUCAAUUUACAAACAAGUCGAUAUGAUUAUGUCACACUAAUUUAAUUACGCAAACUUCUGGUACCCUUAAUAAACCAAAUACAUGUGCAUUUUAGGCGCCAGCGCUUAACUGGUGUCAUAUAAGCAAAGAAUUUGUCUUUUAUUUUUAAAACUGGCGGGUGAGGAUUUAAUUCCAAUUAGACUUGUAGUAUUAUUUUGUGUUUUGGUAUUUUUCUACUGUAAUGCCAAUGAAGUAUUUUCGAGACAACCGAAUACGGUCAGUCACCGAUUUUGUUUUUUGUUUUUUGCAAUAAAUGUUUGUCCCGCAAAUAAAUUAUUAACAACUAAGCAAACACGGGACUCAAAAGCGUUGAAAUAUAUAAUGAGCGUCACGUCAGUAGCCGGCUGCUUCGAGAACGUUGCAAUGAACGUCUGGUGAUUAGAGUGUUUUUUCCGCAUUGGCAGCCAGUCGUCGCCCGUCUUCUUUUGUCUUUGUCUCUCUCUCUCUCUGUCUGCCGUCGUGUUCACUUUGUGUAAAUUACAAUUAAAAAACAAACUUUUGUUUAAAAUGUAACGCUAGCAAUUGCCUGCAACGCAAAAGCCAAAAAAGCUGAGAAGGUAGAAGUCAUUUUGGAGAACCACUACCGCUUCAUUGCUGGCCAAGUCGGCCACACCUCCUGCACCGCUUGAAAAUCUCACGCUUAUCGCACACCAGCAACACCCUAGCUCCUGCCACGCCCCUCCCACCGCCCUCCUUGUUCGAGGAGUCCAGCCGCAGUUGUCCUGGCAGCGGACGAAAUCAGGACAUGCAAAGAGCAGUCCCAUCUGCAGUGUGGCCUAAAUUUGUAUAUUUCAGAAUUUGAAUUGGAUUUCUUUGAAAACAUCUUCGCUUUCAUCUACAAAUUCAAGAAUUCAAAUGCACAUUAUAGUAUAAGAUUAUUGUUUAAUGUUUAACAGCUGUACAAAUAAAAACAAUUACAUAUUUAAGCAUUA